AUGAGUAGGUUCCAAGUUAUAAGUGAACAGAUACAGGCCAAAAUCAUACCUCCCUUUUCACUUCGCCGUAAUCAAGAAAAUUUGAUCGACUAUUUGGUCGGGGACGUGAAAAUGUCAUCCUGGGAGCACGAGACGCUUCUGUUCAGCGCCGCAUGGCUGCUGGUUUCCUGUCAGAACUACAACGGGCCCACGACCACACCAGUUCCUAUCCUGAAGCAAAUCAACAGACAGAACGACGACGGAUCCUACAGCUACGGAUACGAGGCCGCCGAUGGAUCCUUUAAGAUCGAGACUAAGUAUCCGAACGGUGAUGUCGCCGGAAAAUACGGAUAUAUUGACGAGAAUGGGAAGACUAGGGAGAUAUCAUAUGGAGCCAGCAAGCAACGAGGCUUUGAACCUCAAGGAACUGGCAUCAUGGUACCACCACCGACUCUUAAUGAAAACCCAACUAAUGCUCUCACCGACGGCCAAGAAGACGACGGUCAGUACCGCGAAGACCCAAGAAUCUACGAAGAUCCGAAAUACAACGGGAAAACCCAAGCUAGACCGGCAGCCUUCCGCCAGUUCCACCAGCCUGCCAGACCAGCGCCAGAACCUCAAUACCAGCAAGCAGCAUAUCAACAACCCGCACCACAACCAGCACCUCAACCCACCAGAUCCUCCCUCUACUCCCAAACGAACCUCUUCAACCAAUCCCCGCAAACUUUCCCUCAGCAGUUCCAAGAUUUCAGACCGCAAAGCCAAAUAUACCAUCAGCAACCUCAAUUCUCUUACCAAGCCUACACUCAGCCUCCACAACCACAACCUUUUAACCAAUACCAAAACUACCAACAACAAAAUUAUCAACAACAAAACUAUCAACCACAAAAUUACAAUCCGUUCUUGGGUCACCCCGCACAAAACAUUGACCCUAACACCGGUUCCUACACGAUUAAUUUCACUGGAAAAUAGUGAAAUUGUAUAAAUAGGUGUUUGUAUUAUUAUUUCCAAAGCGAUCGAACGAUUUUAACGAUACUUUUUUUUUAUUGUAAAUAACUAUUUUAUUAGAGCUAGUCAAUAUUGUAUUUGUUAAGGGAUGUAAAGUAUUCAGGAGAUUAGCUUUAAACGUUUUUCUUAUAUUUAUUAAAUGAAACAGUUUAAAGUAUUUGUAAAUACAAUAUAUAUUCAUUCAUGUAUCAAGAAACUAAAAUAUCUAUAUGUGUAUAACAGGUGUAUUGCAUUUAUAUGUUAAUUUUAUUAAUUUUGUAUUUUAUAACUAUAUUUAUUUAUAUACGACUGCAUAUAGUUUUUUUUUAUCGACGUAUGUGUAUUAAAAUCAGUCCCAUUAUGAGUGUAUCUAUUAUUGAUGUUUAUGAUAUUUCUAAAAUUAUACGAAUAUACAAAUACUUACUACAAAAAAUAUAUAAACACUUGUAUAUAAUUUCAUUUUGUAACGAAUAACUUAAUAUUUUGUAGUGCCAAUAUAUGCAUAAUUAUCAGUACAAUUAUUAUACAACAUUUACACGAUUGGACUUGCGUUACCCAUUGCAAAAUGGCGACAAUCGAACUUAUAUACGUGUCCAGAUUGUAAAUAGCUAUUAAACAACACGUUAUAU